AUCAAAGGAGGACCGCCUUGCAGAGAGGAAGAGCAGCAACCUGAAAGUGGGAGAAGGUUCAAGGUACCUCAGCUCCUGGUUCCCUCCUGCCUCCUUCUCACUCCCAGGUUUCUGUACCUUCCUUUGGAGUGUCCUACGUGAUGCUCUCCACACUUUCCUCGCCUUGGAGUUGAGACUGAAAAUCAAAGGAAGGUGCAACUGGGCAAGAAAGGCAAUAACCAACCACCACUGGUCACUGCCCAAUUGACCGCUUCUUCCUUCACAUGAGAUUGGGUUUUUCUCACGCCUCAUCCUCAUCAACAAAACAACCUGCACGAGGGGGAAAAGAAUCCAAUUUCACAAGAUCUUUUUUCUUGUCGUUUUUCUUUUUUCCCCCACGCACAAUCAGCAGGCCUCCCAACUGGGACAACCUCUUCUCUCUCUCACACGCACCUCACUCUUAUCCUUGCUCCAACAUACUGCUGUCUUUCUUUCUCUCACUCAAACCACCAAAAAUCUCACAUCCUCAACUUCGCCAUCUUCGCCAUUUCUCAAAACCUUCACUGCACGCAGCAGCAGUUUCAACAAAAUUCAGUUCAGAAGAGGCCGCUCUGCUCAAUUUGACCACUGGUAGCAGUGAGGUGGCUCCAGAUUCACUCUUAUCCGUCCAAUUCCGCCCACGCUACCAAAGCGCAUCGUCGCCUAGCCACCCUCUUUUUUCGAACCACGCUCCAACCUCCAGCCUCUCGAAUUUCUUCACCUCAGACCUCCGGCUAGCACCUUUCUCUUCUUUUUGGACUCCAUUUCUCUGGACCCUCAUUUCUCCGCCUUCACUUCGUCUCUGCUGAGCAGCAGCAUCUUUGCUCAUACAGACCGCCUUCG